CGCUCACGCUGCGGCUGACUGGACCGAGCAACAGUCAGAAAACAAGUUUGGUGCUACAAGAUUUCAGACAUGGAGUCGCUGAAGAAAAGUCACCGCUUGUUGUUGUGGUGUGUCUUCGUGCUGUGUGUUCAGCUGCCUUUGACGGGAGGCUGCCCCGCAGAUGGACGAACCUGGGUGCCCUUUAAGGACAGAUGUUACCACUUUGUCCAUGGAGACGAAGACAAAAUCAAAAGCUACAGCUUUGAAGAUGCAAAAACUCAAUGCAAAGGCUUUGAACUUUUGACGAUCCAGAGUGAGGAGGAGAAUAAAUUUGUCAUCGACUAUAGCCCCAAAGUGUGGAAAAACAGCCUGCCGGUCAUCGUGUGGCUUGGAAUGUAUUACGACUCAAACACUCAAAACAUGACGUGGCUUCACGACAACGCGGUGACUUUCUCUAACUGGGAGGAUGGCUCUUUGACGUCAGAUCUCGCGGCCAUGGAUAAAUGUGCAGCUCUGCACACAAACACAGGAAAGUGGGAAAUUGUCAGUUGCAGUGGUGACCUGGAGAAUGGGGUAAUCUGUGAAGCCGCCCAGGAUAAAGAGAAAGCCAAGCGGAAACCUAGCGCAGUGCUCUCUGCCCUCGUCAUUCUCAGCGUGGUGGCUAUCGUGGGAGUCUCAGCUGUUGUUUGGUUUCUGCACCAGAAGCACAACUUUGGCUCCGGCAUCGUCACGGCAUUCGAGUACCACCCUCCGUUCCGAGUCCCUGACACAGACCAGUCGUGCCUGGUGGAGGCUGAGGAGACUGAUAGCACACCAUAGGAGAACGUUCGCUCUCUUCCUAAAUAAGAAACACCAAACCCUUCCCCAUGGGUGGCUGUUUUUUCUUUUUCUUUUUCCUUCCCAUUCAAUGAGAAGUCCACUCUUAAAAUUGUUACUCAAGCAGUUUGGGAUUAACGCAUGUCAGUGGCAUGACUCAGAAUAAUGUUUGUUUGGGAGACAUGUGAUGCUAAGCAUUUCUCUUUUACAUCUACGUGCUUUUUAGUCACCUGCACUAACAACAGAUCAUUUGUAAAUAUCUCUGAUUGGUGUAUUUUCCUCAGCUACCACUGGGCGUUAAUGUCAGGUUACACGUCAGACACUACAGAAUGGUCAAUAGCGGUUCCUAUUUUGCAAAUGCACUAAUGGUUUCCUUAAGUGGUGUGCAAGAUUAUAUGAGGAGUGUGACUUUCACGUGUUUUGUGUGCAUGCAGGAAUUUUUGUUACAGAGUUAAUUCAGCUUGGUUUGGACUCCCGCAAACUUGAGGGUGAACAAGAAGGGAUAUUAACAAGUUUUGGGGGGGAUUUUUGCCACUUUAUACACAAGAGAUUUAUGUAUUUCAUGUGUUUUUUUUUUUUUAAAAAUGCAAUCAAUAAUGUUUUUGUUUUUUCCUUGUUGUUCAGAUUAUUCAAACUCCUACUUCAAGCCAAAGCUAAGACAACCUUGUAACCUGGUCAAGGUUACGUUUUAUACAUUUAAGUGUUAACAGAGCUCCGUAUGAGCCAUACUGGAAUAUAACAAAUAAAAAGCUUGAAACUUGCUUUUAAAAAAAACAAAAAAAACAAAAUAGUCCAGUAUUUCUUCCAAUAGUUAGAGGACUCUUUUAAUUGCUUCAUCCAAACAAGAAAGCAUGAGCAGCCACCUUGUUAUUUCAUGCACAAUGAUGUUGCAAUUUAGGUGAACAAAAAUCCACAAAAAUAAAAGCUUGUCCUAAAUGACUGUAACUUUAUAAGACUUUAAGGUAACUUUAUGAGAUGUCCUGGCAGAAUGCUUUUAUAUUUGUUUUCCUCUGCUGUUUCUCGUUUAUGGAAAGCACAUGGAAUCCUUUCUGUCCCGACUAUACAGCCAGUAAAUAUUUAAACUGUUAAUUCAUUCCAGGAUUUCAAUGGGUAUCACACUUUAUAGUUUAAAGGGUUAAAAGACUGUGGGAUUAAAUGUUUACUUGCUGCCCUGUGGAAAAGCCAAUCUUACUAUUAGAAUUUUUAGAAAAAAAAACGAGUGUGAAUGAUUAUAGGGGAUUAAAGCAUGAUGUGAAUAUGGAAUGAGUAUAUUGCAGAAGAAUGGCAGGAACCUUUGUAUGAUGCUGAUUUUGUUUUCUCCAAUAAAUUUGCACAAAUUUAUUAAAAUCA